AUGGCUGGUAUCUCGUUCCGCAAGUUCAUUCGAUGGCUGCCGGACGAGGCGAGCGAGCCGACGUCGACCCUCGUUUUGACGUCGCCCGAGAAGAGAUUUGUUGAUAUACGAGUCUUGUUGGCAAAUGGCAGCGAUGUUCUGCCCGACACUGAGCAAAUUCUCCCAUUGAGUCGUCUAGACUGGGCAAUAGCAGGAACAUCCUCCUCGACUGUCCUUGGAGAAGGGCAUUCCCAUUCAAGAUGGGCACACUGGAUUGACUCUCGGGCUUUGGAAGCGCCGGCUGAUGAGGGUCACAUGUAUGCUCAGCCGGAUGGACUGAGCACUCUCGAAAAGGGCAGGAUGGUGAACCCUGAUACGGGGAAAGAAACAGACUAUGAAGAAAUGUGGUUUGAUCCGCCGCCGAAAGCGACGAGCGGUGGAAAUAAGGCGCUUUGCGUUGUGCUUCUGAUGGAGGAUGAGGAGAAGGGGAAGAAGGGGAUGUUUGUCAGGUUGGGGGAGUGGGCGCAGGUGCUUGUGAGGGAUGGAGCAGGGAAGGGGGACGUCGUUGCUGAGAGAUGGGAGUGGAGGGAUGAUGGGCUGGGGUGGAGGAGGAGGGUGAGGUUGGGUGAUGAGAGGAGGAAGAUGCCGUGCGAACAGGUGUUGCUGGGGGAAGCUGAGAUGGAGGUCGGCGGGGAGGUGGAGGUUGGGGAUGAGGCUUGGAGGGUUGUCGAGGUUGCAGAGGUGUGA